CAAACAUUGGCAGCAGAAUGGCCCGUACUGAAGAGCUCAGUGACUUUCAACGUGGCACCGUCAUAUGAUGCCACCUUUCCUAUAUGUCAGUUCGUCAAAUGUCAGCGCUGCUACAGCUGCCCGUCAACUGUAAGUGUUGUUAUUGUGAAGUGGAAACGUAUCGGUGCAACAACGGUAUAUAUAUACAUAUGUUGUUUAAUUUUUUUCUUCACUUUUGCUAAAAACGCUCGGGCCCGCAUGGCGCCUGUUGCCGAACCCUGGACAAGAGCGACAUACCAUCGAAGACGUACAGUAGAGGGGAGUGUCCCCGUUCCAGCCCAGCACUCUCUUUGCUGUCGUCAUGAACUGCACCUUCUUUUUUUCUAGCAGCGCGCGCAGUGUUGUUCCUGUCCUGCCUGGCUGUUGCUCAGCAACACGAAGGCGUGUCCACCAGCGAUGAUUUAAGCGUCUGCCUGUUCCAUUCGCUGCGUCCACAAGCAUGGCUUGGAGUGAAGUAUAGCGCCACAUCAUCUCGGACUGUCAACCCGUGAAGAAUACACAACUGAUGCUGUACAACAAACGGUGUAUUUACCAGAAGAAAUUCAUCAGAGGAACCAGGCAACCCACCAAGUGACUUCGACAAUAUGGCAUUGAGCGGGACGCUUUUGCCAUCCAUAUCCACAUUUGCAAGCGGCCCGAAUGUCAAUAAUAAAUCCAUGGGACAUGCGAAUUUAAGAUGGAAGGAGGAUAUCUCCACUGGCAUGACCAAGAAAGAGCCUGAAGAUCUGGACCUGCUAGACUAUGACUUUAUCCUGUCCAACACUAUGCUUCAACAGCAGGCUGAGGCCAUGGCAGCAAGCGGGUCCCAGAACCUGUCCCCUUCCCCGGGCUCCUACUCGUCCUACCAGCUCCCCUCUCCCCAGGACUCUGCCCACAGUGACAUGCUGUACACCAUCCCUGACAUCAGUGACGUGUCCCCCUCUGGGGGGUUCGUGGCCGAACUGAUGAGGCCUGAAUUGGACCCAGCAUACCUCCACCCCACCAGCCUCCAUGGCAAGUUUGUGGUGAAGACCACCAUGGAUAUGGCAGAAUACGGCCAAAGCAUUAAUGUGAUUAGUAAGGCCGGUGUUGGUGUCAGUGCUGCCACGGACCCCUCCUCCUUGCCUUUUGUUUGUCAUAUGAUAAAGCAGGAGAACCCCAGCAUGUGCAACAUCACCCAACCCAUGGAUCUCCACCUUGGGGGGGUGAACUCACACUCCCAGCCCAGAACUGGACAGAGGCCUCACCUCGACCCCCACGGUUUCUCCCCAGGGGGGUGUCCUAUGACAGCCAGCCGGUCAGCUUCAUCUCUGUCUCCAGACCACCACCCUUCCAGCCAGGUGUUAUCCCACCCCCAGAUCCCUCUACCUGUCCAGGGCUACCACCACAGCUCUCCGACAAGCUAUUCGCCCUUCCCUCAACAGCCUGGGUCUCUACGGUACCAAGAGCUUAUGACCCCGGGCGGAGACUGUCUACCGGAGGAGCCCAAACCCAAACGCGGCCGGCGUUCCUGGCCCAGGAAGAGAAUCGCAACACACACGUGUGACUACGCCGGCUGUGGGAAAACGUACACCAAGAGCUCCCACCUCAAAGCACAUCACCGAACGCACACAGGAGAGAAGCCUUAUUGCUGUGACUGGGAGGGCUGCGGCUGGAAGUUUGCCCGUUCAGACGAGCUCACACGGCACUACAGGAAACACACGGGGCAUCGCCCCUUCCAGUGCGCCAAGUGUGACAGGGCCUUCUCAAGGUCUGACCACUUGGCUCUACACAUGAAGAGACACCUAUGAGACACUCACUGGACACCAUGGACCAAUACUAAAAUACUAUAAAUAUUAUUAAACAGCGACCUGAACUUGUGACUUACAAAUAAACAUUGCCUUCUAGCCAUCCAUUGUCAAAGCACCAAUACAAGCUAUGUGUUUCCUGGUAGUGUUACACUCUCAAGGGUCCAACCCUAUGACUAAAGACUGUUCUUUGUCCAUCUAUGGGCUUGUGAUCUGACAUUUGACAAGACCCCUCAGAACAACUUCUUUUGUGGGACAAAACUGGAAUUGCUCAUCUAUUUAUCGACAAAACCUGGAGGACUAGGUGCCAACGUAUGACUGGAAAUGUAUUAGCAGAGAGUUACAGGGACAGCCCUAGCCACUAAGCGACCACCGUUUUUUUUUUUAUUGUCUGAAGAUUAUGAUACAUUUUCCUAAAAUGUAAAUUGCCUUUCACAUACUAAUGGGGGAGGAAUCAGAAAGAUCACAUACUAAUGGGGGAGGAAUCAGAAAGAUCACAUACUAAUGGGGGAGGAAUCAGAAAGAUCACAUACUAAUGGGGGAGGAAUCAGAAAGAUCACUACUGGAAUUAUUUGCAUUAUAAGUCAAAACUUUCUCAGAGCAAGCUCAACUUGCCCGACUGCUAUAAAUGCCAUACAUUAUCUGUCUUUCAGUAAAAUAAUGGGGAGGAACCAGAAAGAUCAGUUUCAGGCUACUGGAAGUCUUAGCAGUUUGGUUGUUUUUACUGCAAUAAUGGGUCAACCUCAGAGCAGGCUCAACUUGUGCGACUGUUCAGUUCACUUGACCCUGGCCCUUAAUGUCAUUCCCUGUAUCGGUUAUCAGGGAAACAAGAACCUCGGACAGAACACAGACGGAACACAUCCUAGAGGCCUUCUCCAUUCAAUCAGAAACAGUCCAUUUUGUCUUUGUGAAGUUCAUACUGUUCAACAUACUGUAUUAGGCAUUUAUAUUUAUAAUACUCUAUUCUUCCAAGCCAUUGACUUCAGGUACACUUUAAAUGUAUAUGUUACAGGAUGGUGCUCCAAGACUUUACUAUGUUAAAAGGUACCAAAGAAUUUGAAAAAGAAAACCGCUGAGAGUAUAAAAGUGGUCUUGUCUGUGAGUUUCCUGGAGAUCUCUUUUCUUCCACAAUUUGACUUUAAUCAGGUGAAUUACUUUGCUCCUCAUUGAUGAUGGCAAUUUCUCAACGCGCUGUGGUCGCAAAGUGCAAUAAUGUUAUAUGAGACAUUCAUAUUAUUUUUUUAAAGAAAUGAGUAACUCUGAACAAAGUUUUUUUUGUUUAUAGACAAAAUAUGUUAUAUAAUCUUGAAUGUUGUACAUUUGUAAAUAAAAUGCUUUUAAAUGUUUUGUAUUGUCUUUUACAACAUAAAGAAUAAAAUAUAUUUGAAAUGAA